AUGUCGAGCUCCGCUGAGCCGCUCACGGCGCCACCAGCAACCACCCGCCAAGGACCAGCAGGCCUAAAAGUCGUACAAGUACCAAGUAUUGCACGUACUUAUUUACGCCUCCGACAUUAUCGCAAAUCUUCAGUCUUCCCACUUCCCCUCCGUUCCGCCCAAUCCGACUCCCACCACAAACUCCCCCAAUCCGCUCUUGCACACAUUGCAACAUACUCUGGUCGUUAUAGUCUGGUCAGAAUGCUGGCAGUACGUUCUUUUGCGGCGCCAGCGCGGCGACAAUGCCUCCAGGGACUCCCUCGCGCCUGGACGUCAUCCAUCCAAAUCCAAUGCCAGCGCGGUUAUGCGACCGAUAUUUCGAAGAAGGGGAAGGUGGCAACAUUCCAUGGACAAAAGGGUUCAGACGGACUCUACACGGUCAGUUUGAUCGAGGGUGACGGCAUCGGACCUGAGAUUUCUCAGUCCGUGAAGGACAUCUUUGCGGCUGCCAAGGCCCCCAUUAAGUGGGAGCCGGUCGAUGUCACCCCCCAAUUAAGAAAUGGGAAGACCUCAAUCCCAGAAGAAACAAUCGAGAGUAUCAAGCGGACCAAAGUAGCUUUGAAAGGCCCGUUAGCUACACCAAUUGGCAAAGGCCACGUCUCGUUGAACCUAACCCUUCGACGAACAUUCAACCUAUUUGCGAACGUUCGACCCUGCCGUUCAAUCGCCGGCUACAAGACGCCCUAUGACAACGUGGACACAGUUUUGAUCAGAGAGAAUACCGAGGGAGAGUACUCGGGAAUUGAGCACGUGGUGGUAGACGGUGUUGUGCAGAGCAUCAAGCUUAUCACCAAAGACGCGAGCGAGCGGGUACUUCGAUUCGCCUUCCAAUACGCCGAGGAUAUCGGGCGGCUGAAGGUUCGCGCGGUUCACAAGGCUACUAUCAUGAAAAUGAGUGAUGGUCUUUUCCUGGGUACCGCAAAACAAGUUGCAAAGAAUUACCCCCACGUCGAGUUCGACGCCGAGCUUCUUGACAACACCUGCCUGAAGAUUGUGACGGAUCCCACACCCUACAACGACAAGGUCCUGGUUAUGCCUAACCUUUAUGGCGACAUUCUCUCCGAUAUGUGCGCUGGCCUCAUUGGCGGUCUUGGUCUUACUCCCUCUGGAAAUAUCGGAGACGAAUGCUCUAUUUUCGAGGCUGUUCACGGUUCCGCGCCUGAUAUUGCGGGGAAGGCCCUCGCCAACCCUACUGCGCUCUUGCUCAGCUCUAUCAUGAUGUUGAGACAUAUGGGAUUGAACGAGCAUGCGACAAGAAUAGAGACAGCCAUUUUUGAUACUCUUGCAGAAGGCAAGACACUGACCGGGGAUUUGGGAGGGAAGGCGAAGACGCACGAGUAUGCUGGAGCGAUCAUCAGCCGUUUGUAG